UAGAACAAUUUGAAAAGCCAAAUUUAGCUAUGGCUUACAAACUCACACCAGCCCACCUAGAUCCUAAGCUAUAUCAAAAGAUGUCUGUUCCUUUAGCUUAUCAGUUAUAUUCACGGGAAGUUCGUUACGCAAUGACGGUAUUAAGAGAAAAUGGUAAUGAAAAAUUUGAAGGAUCAGAACCCACUGAAAAAUUUACUAAAAUUAUUGAUGAUGAAGAUUGGGAAAAAAUGUAUACUCACACGAAAACUCCUAAUGCUUCUACUCCAAAGAAUUCCACUCCAAAAAAUACAGUUUCAAAGAAAAUCACUCCUAGACAAUCUAUAUCAAAAAAUUCAACCCUAAAUCAAGUAAUUCCACAAAAUACGAUCUCAAAAAAAUCAACUUCUAAAUCCACAUCAAAGAAAAAUUCUUUUCCAAUAUCUGCUAGCACUAUAUCCGGUUUUAACGUUACCUUACGAGCAGUACUACAAAUUUUAUCAGAGUUACACCAUAACUAUGGAUAUAACUAUCUCAUAACAUCACGUUUGACUCAAGACAAUCUCGAGAUUAUUUUCAAUAUGAGAUAUUCUUGUGGUGCCAAUGAUUACCCAACACCCCGGCAGUUCGGUCAAGUUUUCCGAUUAUAUUGCUGCAAUGCCAUGAUUAAGCCUCCAAAAGGCUCAAAUGUUACUCGAGUUGAACUGCUCCAAACUCUGAUGAAAACAGAAGAUUCGUUAAAAAUGUCUCGUCAACCACGAAUGGAGUGGUUAGAAAAAAUUGACAAGAUGCUGGAAAGGACUGUACCAAUUGGUGAUAUUUGGAACGAUAAUUCAUCCAACGAUGCAGAUGGAAGUUCUGUGAGUUCAAUUGAUUUAAACGCCUCUGAACCAUUAACUACUGAACCAACAUCGAGGAUUCAAACAACUCUAGAGUCCCUCGAACAUCAUGAUUAUGAUGUUGUGUCUACUAGUCGAGAAGUUCAAGCGUAUAUGGCUGGGUAUAUCGUAAGAAAAAUGAAAUUGAAAUGUAAGUGCUCAUCAUGCUUCUAUACUCUUCAAUCAUCUAACGAUGAACCGAAUUGUCGUGAUCGGUUUAUUGACUUGAUGGAAAAAUAUGGAGGACUAUCGAGGGCUUCUGACAAUUUAUUUCAACUCACCAUGCAAUUAGAAGCUGCUUUUUUAGAUGUUGUUGGCAGAGUAGGGUUAAGCCGUGGCAUAAUAUAUAAAAUAUUGGAUAGAAUUGAAAGUAUGCUACCACAAUUAUCGUUUGUUGGAUGUGGGAUCCAUCAGCUCGAAAUAACGAAAGAUAUCAUCGAUUUUUAUAUAACUAUGCGACUAUAUUUUCUGGGUAAAACUUUCAACAAAAGGAAUCAAUUAAAAAGAGAAAAGAUGAAAACUUUAAAAAAAAACUUCGAAAUUAGUGACCUAAAAAAUCUUAUUGAAAUAAUCCUGAGAAACCCAUCU